UGCUAGUGACCCAUUAUUGUGGUGCCUCUUGGUGCCGACAUGUGCUGUGUUGUGACACCACUGAGUACAACAAUGAUAGAACAAUUAGAAAUAUAGGUGGCAGCAGUGAUUCUCAUCUUUACAGCAACCCCUGGUUAUGUAAAAAGUUCAAGGUCAUGUUGAGAUAAUCUAAGCCAAGUCCUAAGCGUUUGAAUGUGUGGGAGGUGCCACGUGUUGAGUUGAGUUUCAGAAUGAGUGGUGGCAGCACGGCCGUUGUGACCAUGAGACCCGAUGAGACUCCCCUGAAUGGUGACGCAAACCAUUCAUUCUCGAGCAUGAAGGAUGAAGUUGUAAAUCUUUUGAAACACGAAGUCGGGAUUUGUAGGAAGAAUUCUGAUAAGAACGAUUUAGGUGCCGGUUUGAAAUUGGAUUCCUCUGGAGAUGGGAAAACGAAGGAUAUUCUAAAGGAGGAUGUGAAUAAUUCUGAUGAGCCUGUGGCAGUUGCUGAGACAAAUGGCCAUAGCAAAGUAGCAAAAGGUGAGACUAAAUUGUGUGGUCCGGGAGAGGCUGGUAAUGGGGACAACGGUGGUAGUCGUGAUGUCGAGGGUGCGGUGAAAUGUGUUGAAUCCAAUGUCAAGGCGAAGGAUGAGAAGAAUGAACCCCAGUCAAUGGAAGUGGAUAAGGAAAAAGCUCCUAGCAUCAAUGGAGACCAUGGUAACGGUGACCAUAGCAACUGUAACCAAGCGACCAAAACUGAAAACGUGGAAUCCACUGCUAAAAAGGAGGAAGAAUCAAAAAUUGAGCAAAGAGAACAAGCUGACUCUGAUGGAAUUGAUUCAAAUUUGAAAAAUGGUAAUGUAAAGAAUACUGUUGAUGCUAACUUUGAAGUAGAACUAGAAGUCACUAAGACUAAGCAGAUAAAAUCUGAUGAAGAGCUCACUGUGGGUGAAAAAACGGAUGCGAACUCUCAAAAAAGGGAAGGUGAAAAUAAGAAUAGUCUGAGUAUUCGUGGUGGUUUAAAAACAUCUGUAAGUGAACUCGUGAAGAAAGCUGUGGAAAGUGUGAAACUGAGUAGUGUUGGCAGCAAUUCAAGUUUUUCAAUGCCAUUUGGAACCACAACACCUCCUGUGGAGGAAGCAGACGAUAUGUUUCAUGAUGCAGAAGACAAACCUGUUAAAAAAAUGGUCUCCAAUCCUGAUUCUAAACUGCUUGAUAAUACUGAUCAAGAGAUGAAAUCGGAGGCAGCUAAAGAAUCCAAGAAAAUAGAUUCUGAUCUUGACUCAAAACUUCUCGGUGCUCCUGAUCAAGGCACAAAAUCCGAGGCAGCCAAAAAUUCAAAUGUAACUAACUGUGAUAAAGAUGCCAAUACUGGUUUCGACGCCUGUGAGGAUAUUCCUGAAUCGUUGCUGGACGAGGAUGAGAGGCCUGGCGUGACGUCUGCUACCAGGAAAGAGGCAGACGACGAGGAGAUCAACGAAGAUGAACUGUUGAUGGAGCUCGACUCGGACAAACAAGCUGAGGGAGUUGAGCCUGAUGCCAGUCUUCUGAACGAGUCAGAUCAUGAGGACCAAUCCAAGACCGUAGACCAGAAAGACGCGUCAGUUGUUAAGGAGAAUGACUCCUCGGUUGUUGUCUUGCUCGAGGAUGAGGAUGCGCGAAGUGAGGAAAAGGUGCUACCAACCAGACAGUCGGUGGAAUCCGCAAAAACCAGUGAACCACCCCCCUCUGAAUCAAAGGUUGAAGAAAAGAUGGGGCAAAGUUCUGACAAUCUUGACAUCCCUAAAGUAGAAGUGGUCACCCCUUCAGCACCCUUGACAGCAGCGGAGGAGCUAAAGGCGAAAAUAGCCCCAGAUGUUGCAAAGAAGAAACUGGUAGAGGAUGUUGAUAGCGACUAUGAAGUUAUGGAGAUCUCAUUAGAUGACAUUGAACCGGGUGUGAAAAACGAGGCGACUCGAUCCGCGUCGGCGAUUAUGAAAUCUUUUGAGGACGCCCGGGAUACGUUGUCACGUAAACGUGCCAUACCAAGAUCAGAUGCUGAUGAUGCCACGACUGGAUCCACGGUAAAGAGGACCAAACGAGAAACAGAAACGGAUGCAGUAGUUGAGAGAUCCAGUCGGGCGUCGACUCCAGAUUCGGUUGUCUGCUUGCCAUAUGCUGCACCGACCAAGGAUGCAAUAAAGCCGGUGUGUGAUGGCAAUAAGAAGUUGAUUACUGACAAAGCAUUUGGUGAGCUAAUUCGAAUCAAGCUCAACCAGUGUCUCAUGCGAGAGAUCGAUUCUGUGGUGGCGCCCCUGAGGAAGCGCGUCAGCGAGCUCCAGGCGAGCAACGAGGCAUGGAAGUCGCAGGCAAGCGAACUCCAGAAGAAGAUUCUGGAAUUGAACAUCGCACUUCAGCGCAAAGAUCGGAAAAGGAAGGCCUUGAAGAAUGAUAAGGCUAAGGCAGCUCAUGCUAAAGCUGCGGCGGCUGCAGCUGCUGCUUCUUAUGCAGCUGUGCAUAACACACCUACCAAAUCUCCAGCUACCACCCCCAAGUCACCUAUGUUUGUUAGCAAUGUGCACACCAAGCCAGUCCAGGCAACAACCAUACUGCCGAACAGUGUCCGACCACUACAGAUUCAACAAGCUUCAAAUAGUAGCCAGUACCAGACGAUUCAGAUUCCAAUGUCCGUAUCGAAUCAGAUCCGUAGUGUCAUUGGACAGCCUGCCAUCGCAAAUGUUCAACUUGCGUCUGCUUCCAACGCACAAUUGGCCAGUCAAAGUACUCAAAACAUCCUGCAGUAUAAUGUGAACCGAGGGAUAAUUCAGGGGCCAUUUGCACCGGCAGCGAAUGGUGUAGCAACUUCUUUGCCUGUCAGAGCAGUUUUGGAUACCACAAACUCGGGAACGUCGCUCGCGGGAACCCCUGUCCCUCUCGCCCUAACAAAUACUGUGCGUUCUAUGUUGCAUACAAAGCGGGAAGGACAACCUACUCUUGUCAUGAUGCCUAAUUCGACAACUCAACAGAAUCAGGUCGCACAACCCACAUUUCUAAAGGUGCCUCACAUUCAAGCAGCCAAUAAUGCAAACAAAAACACAAAUCAGAAACAGGUUUUCGUGGACCUAACAGAUGAUGAUGAUCCUAGUUCUAAAAAGAUUGCUCACCCGAUGCCAGCUGGUUUAACUCCUAAUAACACAAUGACUCCGAUAACCAACCUCAUCCGGCCGGCUGCAGCUCCCUCGAUUAGUCCACAAAGUGUCGCCGUACCAGUUCGUCCAGGUCAGAUAACGUUGCGGCCCGGAACUCAAAUCGUUCUCAAUGGAUCGGGGGCUGCUCCGGUGUUCUUCCAGCCCCUGGCUCAAGCACAGCGUAUAUCUGGUCCCGGAACUGUGCAAUCGAAACCACCGACAUUUAUUUAUGCACCAACAAGUAUACAGUCUCAGGGAAAUCGUGUUUUGACAUUAUUGCCACAGCAGCAGGCAAUGACUACCUCGACGUCGUUAGUUUCGUCUCCUGCGAUACAGACGCCUAGGAUUGUGGCCUCCACGCCUCAGGUUACACCAAUCCAAACCAUAGCCAAACAUCCUGCUCCACUGCCACCGAAAGCUGUCAACCCACGAACGAAUAGCACAAAGAAGGAACCGCCCAAACCUGCAUUAAAAAUAUCUAGGGUUUCUCAGGGUAUCGUCUUGUCAUGGAACAUGCAGAUGGUGGCUGCGCUUUAUGAGGAGAUCGCCAGCUACCAGUUGUACGCAUAUCAAGAGACGUCGUCAGCUCCUAGCACUACACUCUGGAAAAAGGUUGGCGAUGUUAAAGCACUGCCACUGCCCAUGGCGUGUACGCUCACUCAGUUCCAGGAGGGCAACAGAUAUCACUUUGCCGUGCGAGCGAUCGACGUGCACCAACGCGUUGGACCAUUCAGCGAGCCAUCCAGCAUACACCUCACCAAAAACCAGUCGUAGGGAACUCAUCUACAUCGUCACCGACAGUGGAAUAUUACAUGUUCAUCGAGACUUUGUGCGUGGACUGGUAUCCAGACGGUAUUAAGCGUUUAGGCUUUUCUCGAGUUGGUAGUCUAAAAACACUGUUCACAUCGUGCAUAGGCCAUACAAGACUUCCUACUCGUUAUUUUGCACUGUACUGUACCAUAGUUGCAUGUUGAUAUUUUGGCAUUGUACUUUAGUCUGGAUGAUUCCCACGUUGAUUUGACUUGGGUGACUAAUUUUGACGUGAUUUUCCCCUGUCUGACAUUGUGGAAUUUGCCCCCCUGAAUUUCCUGAUGUUGGCAUGACGUCACAGGACGUGUGACAUCAUCACCUAAAGAACCUCUAUAUGGCUAAUGUUGACAAUGUUGUAUUCUAAGUGAACUGUUUCGUGGUACUAGUGAAUCUUCUUCUGUACAGAAAGUUUUGUUAUUUUUUUGUAAAAAAUAUAUUUUAUUCCAUUGGUAUGAAUGUUUGUGCGUCUGCUCAUCUACCCAUUAUCAUUGUACUGUAAACUGUCAAAUUUGUGCACCUCUUUAUUAUUCCGGGUCUCCGAAGAAAAAAAUUCACAAUUUUUAUUUUUGCAGAUAAAAUUUCUUUCACUUUUCAAAUCAAAAAUAUUUCUUUGCGAUCUUUAUUUUGCAAAAAUAAAUAUCUGUGAAAAUUAAGCUGUCUGCAGUCGGUAUAGGCUACACAGUGUGCUGAAUGUUGUUUUUACUUUGAGAUCCCUGGAAGGGUCAUAACUGAGUAUUAACCUCACUGUGAAAAUUGAUGCUCACAAAAAUUCAAAUGUAUUUGGUCGGAAUGUCCUAAUCCUCGAAGGUAAUUUUUUGGGUCUUCUGAGAAUACCAAAGUACUUGUCACAAUUUUAGUAUUCCAUGGCAUUGGUUAGGUCAAACACACAUAUAUCUUCGCCUCUUCCUUUCACAAUGUGAGCUAGAACUUUGGGAGUGAAUAUUCCAACUGUUACCCUGUGUCAGCAUGUUGUGUAGUGUUAUCUGGGCCAGUCAUUUGUUUAUCCUUCAUUCUAUGUAGUUACAGUGUAGUCUGGAUAUCGUGCAAUGGCUCACGAAGUUCUGUUGGCUAAUGAUUUUCCUCCGAUAUAAUAUAACAGUUGUAAUAGACUGUCAGUCCAUGGAAUAUCCACCACUAUUUGGCAAAUUUUCUUGUUUUACUCUUUGUGGUCAACAGAAUUCUGUGUCUGCUGCCAAAAUUACACAUUUGCUGUUAACUGUAAAAUUUUCACACCACUUUAAGAGGAUUUUGACAAACGUUUCGGCCUUCUUUUAAAGUUUUUUCGGGCGGUGGAAAUGAAACUUCUCAUGAAGUUCGCUUUAGAGUUGGUGAAUUUGGCCAUUUUCAAUUGCUGGGUGAUCUCAAGUUUUGUAUUUUAGCAUCCAUGAAGGGAUCAAAACUCUUUUAGAUUUUCUGUGCACAUACAGAGGUCUUGCAUUGCAUUUGUAAAUAGUUUGCACCGAUAUCUCCUGCCUGUGCCAGUCUAUUAGGCAGGUUGAGAUCAGAGACUUAUCACAGAUUCUUUCACGUAUACAGACACACAUGAACAAAACAUUCGUCCUCUUUCUACAGAGUUUCUUCCGUAUACGUACGAAGAUCCUUGAUAAGUCGCAGAUCUCAACCUCCCUAUUGUUAUCGACCAUUUACAGAUGCCUGUGAGGUUCGUGUUAUUAGGUCUAACCUUUCGCUUGUUUUACUAUUAAAUCUUUUACCUCGUGUAUGCUACACCGUAGUAUUCUGAUUUCAAUUUUGUCCGCAGUGUGUGAUCUCUUAAUUUAGUACUCUGUACAUGCAUAUUGGACUGCCUAUUAAAGAUGUGUACAAAGUUUUGGUGCCGAUAGACAUAAUAUGACAUUAAUACAAUUUAUACAGCACAGUGAAGACAAUGCAAUAACCACCUCUCAAAAAUUACUCAGUCACUCGCCCGACUAUCCAAAAUAUCAUAUCCAAAUUACAGAUUAAAGCUGUACGCAAAGUGGCUUAGAAAUCGAAUGGUUGUCUGAUCUCAACAUUAGAAGAUGAUCGUAUCUCUGCUGUAAUUUAUUCUGUGGUUGUAUGUUAAAGGCCUCUGUCGUUUGUUAAAAAUAUGAAAUUUAAUUUGGGGGAUUUUUUUUCCAUUUUGUAAACACCUUUGAAUAAAAGUUGUUGAACAUUGCCAUUGUGCACACCUGUUUAAAAAAUGCUAUGUGAGCAAUUCUCAUCAUGUUGACACGUCUAGCUACUGUUCAGCGGCAAUGUUUCUUUCUAUUUAUAUGUGGCACAGACAGAAGUUUACUCGGGUGGCAUUAACCUUGUAAAAUUACUUGCUUUGAUUGACGAGGUUUUUCGUGAUCAGUCCAUAUUCAGAGCCACCAUCUUCUUUGUAAAUAUCGCCAAGUCAUCACUGUUCAACAUUGUGGAUGUGUACAUUUAUUUUGUAUAAAAUAAUGACAGAUAGAGUAGUAAAUUGCUUGAAAAAAUGUUGUCAGAAUAAAUAUGAAUCUGUCACAUUUGAGAUCAUAGUUGCAUAAAAUUAUUGUAGAAAUCAAACGAGAAAUAAAAGUUUUG